CAGUUUGACCAAUCACAGCGUGAGAAUUCGGGACUCUUCCGGUAUGCGCGUUCUUUCCGUUUCAUCGGCCGAAGUGUGGAGCAGCGUGUGUUCAUUUGAGCACAACGAAAUUCUCCAUCUGCUGACAGACAUAGUGUGAAAUCAAGAUGCCUCCAAAGAAGGGAGGAGAUGGACCAAAACAACCGCCCCUUAUCGGACGUUUUGGGACUUCCUUGAAAAUUGGAAUUGUUGGGCUGCCAAAUGUAGGAAAGUCAACAUUCUUCAAUGUUCUGACAAAGAGUCAGGCAGCGGCUGAGAAUUUUCCUUUUUGCACCAUCGACCCAAACGAGAGCCGUGUGCCCAUUCCAGAUGAACGUUUUGACUUUCUCUGCCAGUACCAUAAACCAGCUAGUAAGGUCCCAGCGUUCCUGAAUGUGGUGGAUAUUGCUGGCUUGGUAAAAGGAGCUCACGCCGGCCAGGGUUUGGGUAACGCCUUCCUCUCCAACAUCUUUGCCUGUGAUGCCAUCUUUCACAUGACCCGAGCUUUUGAGGAUGAAGAUAUUAUCCACGUGGAGGGCUGUGUGGAUCCAGUAAGGGAUAUUGAGAUCAUUCAUGAGGAGCUGAGGAUGAAAGAUGAAGAGAUGAUCGGGCCAAUCAUAGAUAAGCUUGAGAAAACCGCUGUCAGGGGUGGAGACAAAAAACUCAAGCCUGAAUAUGACAUCAUGUGUAAAGUAAAGUCCUGGGUGGUUGAUGAAAAGAAACAUGUUCGUUAUUACCAUGAAUGGAACGACAAAGAGAUUGAGGUCUUGAAUAAGCAUCUGUUCCUGACAUCCAAGCCAAUGAUCUACUUGGUAAACCUCUCAGAGAAAGAUUACAUCAGGAAAAAGAACAAAUGGUUAGUGAAAAUCAAGGAGUGGGUUGACGCUCACGAUCCAGGUGCGCUGGUCAUCCCGUUGAGUGGCGGUUUUGAGAGCAAGUAUCAAGAUAUGUCUGAUGAAGAGAAGCAGAAAUAUUGUGAAGAGAACAAAACGCAGAGUAUUCUGACUAAGAUCAUCAAGAGUGGCUAUUCAGCCUUGCAGCUGGAGUACUUCUUCACAGCAGGACCUGAUGAAGUUCGUGCAUGGACCGUCAGGAAAGGCACCAAGGCGCCGCAAGCAGCUGGAAAGAUCCACACAGACUUUGAGAAAGGCUUCAUUAUGGCUGAAGUCAUGAAGUUCACAGACUUUAAGGAGGAAGGGAGUGAAAACGCAGCUAAAGCUGCAGGGAAAUACCGACAGCAGGGCCGAAACUACAUUGUGGAAGAUGGAGACAUCAUCUUCUUCAAAUUCAACACACCUAAUCAGCCCAAGAAGAAGUGAAGCCAUUGUGUGAUGACCGAUGGAUCUGCGGCACCACUUCAUUUAAGGCUUUGGAACAUUCAAAACUCAAUCAUACCUGGAGGAUAAGUUAAUUUUUUAUUUGAUUAUUUUGGCUAAUGGCUGAAGUAAAUAUAAUGUCCGGUCUGCUUACACAAGCUGCAUGUCACACAGCAGUUUAUUCUAAUAAAACACUUACUCUGAACAAAGUGUUUUCUGUUAAAAGUUCCUUUCCUGAUUCUCUUUUUUGUGAUAUUGGUUGUUUGUUAAUCCUAAUUUGGGAAAUCGGAUCAUUUGACCAGAAAAAAGAAGGUAAUUAAGGUAAUACAGUAACAAAAGUGUCACUCAGUUAAAUUUGACUAUCAUAAAAUUAUGAAAAACACUGAAUGAAAUAUUAUUACACUCGUGUGAUUUAAAUAUAGGUUGUUUUCUGUGAAAUUAUCCAUAUUUAGCCUUCUACUUUCAAGUAUGUGGUAAUGAGAGUUUUAAAACCAGGUAUAACAAAAGUAGCUUGUUCAUUUUCUUCAUAUAGAGCUGAGGCCAUCUAAUGCCCAGAAUCAAGACAUUUCAUGCUAGAUUAUUUUUUUCACCACAAGAGUCCAGCAAAAACACCCAAUGUGAAAUGCUUGGAGCUGAAUUAAAAGGGUUAUUCACGAAAAUAGCAAGUUAAUUUGUAUUCAGUUUAGGAAAUGUGUAAAUGAGUUGCUGCCAUGUGAUUGGCUGAUUAGAUUUUUGCAUUGAGCUGUUGAACAGGUGUACUUAAUAAAGUGGGCGGUGAGCGUAUAAUAUACA